CUUACUAAAAAAACACAACGAACUCAAAUCUUCAAUCUUCAUCUUACUCUCUAAUUGCUUUCCUAUUCCGAUCUCUGUUUCUUCAUAAAGUCUCAAUCUUUUUUUUCUCUAUGGCCGGAACUAAAGAUUCUCAUGUAGUGGAGAUUCCAGUAGAUGAAGAGCAUAAAGAGAGACAACAACAACAACAGUUGGUUGCGGUCUCAAAUCCGGGAAUGGGAAUACUCAAAGUGAUUCAGCAGCAUCCGUUGUCUGAAAUCUCAGAGAGUCCAGGACAUUUGUUGCUUUUGAAGUUAUGGCAAAGAGAAGAAGAUUUGUUCUGUCGUCGUGUUCUUCUUAAAGAAUCAAGACUAGAGUCAAUCAAAAGAGAGAUCUUUCAGCUUUGUUGUUUCUUCCUAGUCUUCCAUGGGUUCUUCUUCACACUUGUCUACUCUUCUUCUUGUUCUGAUGAUGCUGACGUGGUGAAAAGUAAUGCGGUUUGCAAGAAAUGGUGGAUACCUUCUGCAGUGUCAUUAGCUACUUCAUUGGUUCUGGUGUUUCUUGUUCAAGCUAAGCUGUUUGUGUUCUGGAAAGUUUACAGAGGUGUUAAUAGGGAGAGGAAUGAUAAUAGAACGCUUACACGGUGUGUUUUGGAGUUGAGGAUGAAAGGGUCGAGCUUUGAUUUGUCGAAAGAGCCGAUGAGUGGGAAGAGGAUGAAGAGUUCAAGCGUUGAGAUCAAGUGGAAACCUGUUACUUGGUUCUCUCAGUAUUUGAUAACUAUUGUUCUUCUUUGCUCUGCAGGGUUGUUCUUCCCGGUCUCAAAGUUCAUCCUCUGCGGAUUUUGACAAACUCUUCCUAUUCACUGUUUGUUCGGACUCUGCAUUCUUUCUUCAACCUUCAUUGUGGGGAUGAUGCUUUUGGUCCGAUCUUACCAUUGGCCUCUGUUCUAGCUUUGAGAGAGUAGCUGUCAAAUCUCCCAGACUGAAGAUUCGCCGGAGGGAAUAAGAACAACCUGUAACUUUUAGCAGUACUCACACAUAGUAGAAAAUUGAUGUAAUUCGGGAUUAGAAUUCUGAUCUUGAUCUUAUUAAUUUCAUUCUUCGUUAAUAAUAAACAACAUUGCUUGUAUAGUAACAAAUUUUUGCAAUAAAUAAAAUGCCAGAUUCAGAACUGCAAACUUUCAAUGUAU